UCACUUCUUUUUCUUUCUUUCCGGUUUAGGAUUUUGUGCGGUGUGCUUGUUCUCGACUUCGAGCUAAGGCCAAAUUUUCAAAUAAAUUCCAAUUUUUGGCGACUUGCACCAAUAAUAAUAAUUAAAAUACUUAAUAACCAUGUCUACAAAAGCUGAACUUGCUUGCGUCUACGCUGCUCUCGUUUUGGUUGAUGAUGAUAUCGCUGUCACCGGCGAGAAAAUCUCGACCAUCCUGAAGGCUGCCAAUGUUGAUGUUGAACCUUACUGGCCCGGUUUGUUCGCCAAGGCUUUGGAAGGUAUCAAUGUUAAGGACUUGAUCACCAACAUUGGAUCCGGUGUCGGUGCUGCUGCCCCAGCUGGUGGUGCUGCCCCUGCUGGUGGAGAUGCUGCUCCAGCUGAGGCCAAGAAGGAAGAGAAGAAGAAGGAGGAAGAACCAGAGGAAUCCGACGAUGACAUGGGCUUCGGUCUCUUCGAUUAAGUCUAAACGUUUUAUAGUUUUUAUAAAAAACUUUUAAUGUGUCCUGUUGACGAAGUAUAAAGGAAAUUUUGUAUACUACGUAUACAAAACGUGAUACAA